AUGUCAGAUGGCAGUGAUUUGGAUGAGGCCGCUCACGAGCGGAUGUUGCAGUCGGUUACCGGCGAUGUUGGGAAACGAUACGUGAAAAGAGAAACGCAAAAAACGACCGCCGAUGAUCUAUUAAAUGCCGUUACAACAAAAAGGAACAUUGGACAAACGAGAAUCGAUGAAACAAAGCGAAAACAAAUACGCGGAAAGGAGACUUUGGCAGCACCACUUCACAGGAUUGCUCGGGAUCGUUUACAGGGAGCUGUCAGCUAUGUUGAGUUGAAGAAAGAAGUAAACGUUUGGGCGCCGAUAGUUGAAGAAAAUCGAGUCUCGGAUCAACUUGUGUUCCACGAGGACGAUAUGGACGUCAUGAAGCCGAUGAUCGCCGCUGAUAAAACGGCGGCUUUUUACGCUAGGGGGCCGAAGUCGGAUUUGGAACGCGAGAUGGCCGAAGUCUUAAAACAAAGCAAGUUCAAUAUGACUAAUGAUGCUGAAUUGACCGAAGGCGAGAAGGAAAUAAUUCGAGCGAUGGAUUUGAAAGAGGCGAAGGCUAAACUUGCUCAGAUGCGAAAAAUGCGAGCACUAAUGAGCUACAAACAAGCCAAUGACGCUCGAAAGUCGAAAAUUAAGAGCAAACGGUAUCACCGCAUCCAAAAGAGACAAAAGCGACGCCAGCUUUUGAAGGAAUUUGAAGAUUUACUUUCUCGAGAUCCCGAGGCCGCGAAGGAGAAGUUGAAAGAAUUAGAUUCACAACGGGUUUUCGAGCGAGCAACGCUGAAACACGGCAAAGGAAAUGCAUUCAACAAAGAGCUUCGAAAGUACGCCAGCAAGAACAAAGAAGCCGCUGCACUAUUGGAGGAUCAUUUAAGACUUGGACGAGAACUCAAAACGAAGGCACGGGAUGAAACGGACUCGGAAGCUAGCACAUCAGAAGACGAAGAAGAUGCCGGAACAAAGACGUUCGAGCAAAUACUGAAGGAAUCCGCUAUUGAAGCGGCUAAGGCGGCUGAAAUGGAGCCUGAAGAAGAAACACCACGGAUACAACUUGCGGAAGCAAAGAUGACUCUUGCCAAAAUGCGAGCCCAGAAAACACGCGAAUUAGAGGAAGCGAAAUUGCGAGGCGCCGGAAAGGAUUUGCCGAAAAGCAAGAUUUUUGAAGAAAACGAGGAUUGGGAAGGUGGUGAAUCGAUUUCAAAGAUCAAUGAGAGCAUAGCAAAGCAGAGCACUGUGGAAACAAAGCCACCAAAGAAGAAGCGUAUCAAAAAGGAUACUACAGCUGAAGAUGAAAAGAACGAUUUGUUCUCUCAAUCCAAACACAAAGACGUCGUUGAAUUGUUCGACGAGGCUGAUGAACAGAUGCUCGAAUUGGCCAAAAAAGAGAUUGAACGAGAAAAGCGUCGAGAGCAAUUUGAAAAAGAAGAUCAAAUAGAAGAAACGACAAGAAAAACGAAGAAAAAGAGUAAAAAACCUACUUCCGUUGUCAACGAAGAACCUAUGAUUGACCCAAAGAAUUUCUUGACGUUAGAGACAAAUAACUUGAAUGCACUUCCGACGGAUUUUAUUGAAAAAAUGGAUCAAGCAGACUAUGAUCAGAGUCAAGCCAUUGCUCUUGCCUUUGCUGAUGAUGAUGUUGUUGGAGCAUUUGAAGAAGAGAAAGGAGAGAUUGAGGAGAGGGAAAAGGGCAAAGAUAUCGACCUGUCAUUACCCGGCUGGGGCUCUUGGACAGGCAAUGGAGUUAUUGAGAAAAAGCCAAAGAAAAAUCGAUUUGUAAUAAAGGCAAAAGGGGUCAUGAGAAAGGACAAGAGUCGAGCCGGUAUCAUCAUUUCUGAACAAACUACCCAGGGGAUCACAAAGUUACAACCGAAGACCGUCCCAUUUCCAUAUACUCGAAUGGAGGAUUUCGAGGCGGCCGUUCGACAACCGAUUGGACGAGAAUGGAAUUCAGCGUCAGCUCAUCAAUCGAUUGUUCGUCAAUCUGUUAAGGCAUCGGCUGGACGUGUCAUUCGACCCCUUAACAAGAAAGACGUGCUACAAGAAGAAUUUGUGGAUGAACUCAAG